CCGUGGCCCGGGCGUCCCGUCGGGGAGGAUGAGGCUGUGGGGGUGGGCGCUGCGGGCCGCCCAGAGGGACGGCUUCCCCCUGCACGGACACCCCGUGGCGCGCUGGUUCCCGGGACACAUGGCCAAAGGGCUGCGGAAGAUGCAGAGCCUCCUGAAGGGGGUGGACGGCGUCAUCGAGGUCCACGACGCCAGGAUCCCGCUGUCGGGCCGAAAUCCUCUGUUUCGGGACACCCUGGGAAUCCGACCUCACCUGCUCCUGCUCAACAAGAUGGAUCUGGCGGAUCUGCAGGAGCGGCAGGAAAUUGUGCGACACUUGGAGAACGAAGGUCUGAAAAAUGUCAUCUUUACCAACUGUGUGAAGGAUGAAAAUAUAAAUCAGGUGGUUCCGCUGGUCACCAGGCUGAUCGAGAGCAGCUACCGCUAUCAUCGAGGAGAGAACCCGGAAUCCUGCAUCAUGGUGAUCGGGGUUCCCAACGUGGGCAAGUCCUCGCUCAUCAACUCCCUGCGACGGCACCACCUUCACAAAGGAAAAGCCUCCAGGGUCGGUGGUCAUCCCGGGAUUACUCGAGCCGUGAUGUCCAAAAUUCAGGUGUGUGAGCGGCCCUUGAUGUUCCUUCUGGAUACCCCCGGGGUCCUUGCCCCAAGGAUCGAGAGUGUGGAGAUUGGCCUGAAAUUGGCCCUGUGCGGUACUAUAUUGGAUCAUUUGGUUGGGGAAGACGUCAUGGCUGAUUACCUUCUGUACACGCUGAAUAAGCACCAGCAGUUCAAGUACGUGGACCACUACGGCCUGGGAGAGGCCUGCGACGACAUCCGCAGCGUGCUGAAGAGGAUCGCCGUCAAACUCAGGAAGACCCAGAGAGUCAGAGUGCUCACGGGCACCGGGGAUGUGAACGUCAUUCAGCCCGACUACAGCGCGGCGGCCUACGACUUUCUGCGCACCUUCCGCAGCGGGGGGCUGGGACGCGUGAUGCUGGACACCCCCGCCCCGCUGGAGCCGCCCCCCGCCAUCACCACCAGCGGAAGCCACACGCCAGCGCCCGGCUCGGCCAGCCUCUCCAGGGCCACUUCAAGGGCCACCAGUCCCGGCACUAGGAUUGAUCCGUCGCCAAGAACCGACCGGUGAAUUCCAGGCCGCUCCACCCCAGCCUUGGAGGCAGGGUGGAAAGGCGUCGGAAGACAAGAGCGCGUAUGUACUCAGACCGUGAGACCCCCGGGGCCCACUUCAGGACCUACCAGAUUCGUUCAGUCCAUUGUGUUUAUUGAGCGCUUCCUAGGUGCAGAGCACUGUAGAAGCAUUUAAACCAAGUGACCUCAAACCCUCCCCUGGCCCCGUGGUCGGGGCUGCCUGGGACGUCCCCUGUGGGUCAGGCUUCAGUUUGGGGCUCCAACGGAGCCCAAUUACUUCCAGAUCCCAUUUUCGACCCUGAACUGCCUUAAGAGAGCAGGCCAAAUCGAGGUGAAGGCAGGGAACUGGCCUUCAAGAUUCCAGUUUAGUAUCCCAGAGGUCCCGGUGCUCAAGAAACAUCGUCCCAACCAUGAAUUUUCACAUCACCUUGAAAACUUUAAUAAAAACAUUAACAAACAGUU